CAGAGUCGCCCGUGCCGCCCGCUGCAGAGUAUGAAUGACUCGCGAGCCGCAUCGUUAAUUAGAAUCGUGUUUACUGUUUUUGCGGGUCGCACGGAACCUGUCGGGCCACCUUUCGUGUCGGUAGGGCACGGGCCCUGUCGGCCGGCGCUCGCUCGGGACUCGCCUGGUGCUCACGAGACCGAGUGAAUUAUGGCUAGGUACAUAUAUGUCGUGCACCACACAACACAUACCUACCUAACGUACGCGCCUACCUAUCUAUAGAACGGCGAAGGCUGCGACUACGUACCUACUGAACAAAGAAUUUUGCUCACAAAUCCAUACAUUCAGCUCCAAAACCGCCAGUUCUCAGUUUGCGUGUGAAAUGUGUGCGUAUCUCGCGUAUUGUUUGUAUAAUUAAUGUGUUUGAAAACAUCUGUGCUUGUCAAUUGUUACAUUCGUGUGUGCAUUUUGAGGUUAGGUCGUGAUUUUUACGACAAAGUGAAUUUGGGAUGCAGUGAGACUUUACAAACGCAAGCACCUGGCAAUGCUUUAUUAUUUGUUAAUAUUUUGAGUGAAUACUAGUUUCUUUGAGUGCUAAACAGUUACUAAUGAAUGUGUUGAGUGAGUGCUCCUGUUGUAUGGAGAGUUGUAGAGGCCUGAAUAACUCCAAUAUUUGCAAAUUCAGUUACUAAGUAGUUCUGAAAGUGUCGAAGAUAGUGGAGUGACAGUUGUGCAUGACAGUAGUCCAUGUGAAGAAAGCCGGCUCCAUGCUCAGGGAGGAGGGCGAUGAGAAGCCGAAGGCGGCGGAGAGCCAGGAUGACGGCUACGAGACCAGCAACAGCGGCGAGGCGCGCCGCAAGCCCUCCAGCGCCGAGGGCUCCCCCGCCCCGCCGCGCACGCCGCCCCCCGAGCCCGCCUUCGAGCCGCUCAUGCAGCGCCCCUUCCCCUCCCCCUACAGACACUUCGAGCAGCCCGCGCCGCCCGCCCCGCCGCCGCCGCACGACGAGCCCUACCAGCACCAGCACUUCCCGUUCCCCAAGUAUCCGCAGGACCCGUACGCGUUCAAGCGCGACGCCGACGUGCCGUACGACAUGAGCCAGCACCAGAUACACCAGUACGGCCCGCCCAAGCGCGAUGACGACAUGUACAACGGCGUCAAGCGCGAGUGCGAGGACCCCUACUCGUUCGUGGAGGAGGAGGCGAUGUGCGCGAUGCUCGGCCAGCACCACAUGCCGCACAUGCAGCACCACGACCCCCACCACCACAUGCAGAUGCACCCGCAGCAGAUGAUGCUCAACCAGCCCAAGAAGAGGGGGAGGAAAAAGAAAAUCAAGGACGAAAAUGGCAUGGAAAUCAAAGUGGAGCCUGGCAUGGAGGGGGCGUUGGUGGCGCGGCCGAUCAAAGAACGCAAGAAGCACGACCGCUUCAACGGCAUGAGCGAGGAGGAGGUGUCGCGGCGGACGCUGCCCGACCACCUGGCCGAGAACCUCGACAUCAUCAUUAUCGGCAUAAACCCUGGUUUGUUCGCGGCGUACAAGGGCCACCACUACGCGGGCCCCGGCAACCACUUCUGGAAGUGCCUGUACCUGUCCGGCCUCACGCGCGAGCAGAUGAGCGCCGACGAGGAUUAUAAGUUGUUAAAUUUCGGCAUCGGCUUCACGAACAUGGUGGCUCGGCCGACGAAGGGCUCAGCUGAUCUCACCCGGCGCGAGAUCAAGGAGGGAUCGGCGAUACUACUGGAGAAGCUGCAGACAUUCCGGCCCAAGGUCGCAGUGUUUAAUGGCAAGCUGAUCUAUGAGGUGUUCUCCGGGAAAAAGGAUUUCUGCUUCGGCAAACAGCCUGAUACCAUCGCGGGGACUAACACGUACAUGUGGGUGAUGCCGUCGUCGUCGGCGCGGUGCGCGCAGCUGCCCCGCGCGGCCGACAAGGUGCCCUUCUACGCCGCGCUCAAGAAGUUCCGCGACUAUCUCAACGGGCUGCAGCCGCACGUGGACGAGGCGGAGCUCAUAUUCCCCGACACCACCGGCCGCCGCCCGCAGGAGGAGAUGGAGAUCCGCAGCGGUCUCAAUUCCAGGCUGACAAUGGAGCCCGAGCCGGGCGACACCAUCAUACUGGAGGACGGUACUGAGGUGCCCCUGAAGAAGAAGAGGGGGCGCCCCAAGAAGGUGAAGCUGGAGAAUGGCGAGACUGCGCCCCCGGUGCCCAGGGCGCCGCGCCAGCCGCGACCGCCCCCCGUGUUAGACCCCAACGGUGAGCUACCGCCCAAGAAGAAGAGGGGGCGGCCGAAGAAGAUCAGACCCGAAGAGCAACAGUUUCUGAUGCAGCAGCAACAGCAACAGCAGCAGCAAGCGAACUCGAUGAUCCAGCCACAGCUGUCGCUGUCGCAGCUGCCGCACGAACAGCAGUUCCUGCACGGGGAGUUCCCGCAGCAGAUGGCGUCGCCCAUCCCGCAGAGCAUGAUGUACGGCGUCCAGCACCAGCAGAUGCCCGACGGCUCGCCCUACUACCAGCCCAAUAACGCCGGCGGCAUGGACUCCCCGCUCGAGGUGGGCGGAGGCGGGGGCGGGUUGUUAUCACGCGGGUACGCGUCGCCGGGCGGCGCGGGCGCGGCGGGCUACGCGUCGUCGCCGCGCGCCGUGUACGCGUCGCCGCGCAGCCAGCCCUACUCGCCGACGCCGCAGCGGCUAGCAGCGACGCCGCAGCCGCAGCAUCAGGAUCUGUCUGCACCACAGCAGUUCCCGUCGAGUCCGGCCGCGUUCAGCGCACCGUCGCCGCCGCGCGCGCCGUACAGCUCGCCUGGAGUGGGCGGAGUCGGCAACGUGGGCGGCGUGGGCGUGGGCAAUGUGGGCAACGUGGGCGGGGUCGGUUCACGGUCGUUCGCCGCGCGCUCGCCGCUGUACGCCAGCAGUCCGGCCGCGUACCGACAGCAGCCGAGCCCGGCCGCGCAGCCUCGGUUUUCGCAUGAGAUGCCCUUCUCGAGGGACGCCACGCCUCAGGCACAAUCAGCACCGUACGCGCGGUCGCCGGCGCCGGCGGGCGUGGUCGGUGUAGUGGGCGGGGGCAGCACACCCUUUCCCGCGGCGUCGCCGGCGGGCGCGUUACACUCGUACACGCCCUCCCCCGCCCACACGCCGUACAGUCACCACUCCUCCCCCGCGCCUACUUACACGGAGUCGCAUCAUUUUAGCAACCAGGGUGCUGGCGGCGGUUCUGGCGGCGGUUCCGGCGGGUUCUCGACGGAGCUGUCGUCGGACAUCGGCGCGGCGAUCUCGUCGCCGGGGCCCGUGUCGCCCGGCAUGGCGGCGCUGGACUUCGAGCCGCCGCGCUCCGACCACAGCCCCAUGGGCAGCACUGACAUGCACCCCGGCAGCAACAGCAACUCCUCGCUGUCCGACUAUAAUAAGCAGCAAAGCAACCCCGGCGGGGCGGAGCUGUCGCCGGCGGCGGGGGGCGGCGCGGUGGGCGGGGCCUUCGGCGGCGCGAUGUACGACGAGGGCCGCCUGCAGUACCAGGACAAGCCCGACUACCAUUAUCAGCAGGAGCAAGCUCCUGGUGUUGCGGAGAGUCCACGGUUAGAUCAGAUGCAUCAACAUCCCUCCAUGUAUCCUAGCAAUUACAAUAGGUCGACGCCGACGGGUGAGGAAGACUCAAACUUCGGUCGGGCGCCACCUUUCAGGACGCUAUCGGAACACGCACCCGGGUCACCGGGCGAGUACGGGAACACGGGCGAGGGAGGCACGCCCAAGGGCAAGUCGCAAGACGUGGCGUCCAAAUCCCUCUCCGGUCUGGAGUCGCUGGUGGACCAGAUCCCGUCCAUCGCGGAGGGUGGCGCGGGGGCGGGUGCCGGCCCCGCCCCCUCGGGCGGAGACCCCGCCCCUCCCGCGCCCCUGCCUGACUACGCGCCUGCGCUGUACCCACCGUAUCCCGCGUACGGCGCGCCAACGUAUGGGAAUAAUGGCUACGGUGGUCCGUUCGUCGGUUACGGCGGCGGCUGGGGCACGCAGCUGAUGCGGCCCGCGCCCGGCUACCUACCCGACUGGCAGUACGGCUACGCCCCUGGCGUCGCCCCGCCCUACGCCGCCUACAACGCCCCCUACUACAACGGUUACGCCCCGCCCCCGGCGCACCAUCAACAGACGCACUACCUGUCGGCGCCGCCGCUGCUGGAGCUGCACAAGAGCGGCGAGCACGCGCCCGCCGUGCCGUCCGUGCCCUCCGUGGGCUUCGGCGGCUUCUGUUAGUGCCGCCCCCGCGCCCCCCACACCCCUGUAAAGCAAUCUAGUGAUGUAAUUUUAUCUUUUUCAAAAAAAUAAUGAGCUUAAUUUCUAGUGUUUAUUUGUAAAUAUUGUACGUAUUUAUUUGUCAUCGAACCUCCCGAACGUCACGGGGCGCGCGCGGCCCGCACGUUUUCGGUCUGUGAUCCCGGUCUAAAGUCUUGCCAAUUUAACGUUUCGCGUUCUAGUCAAUGGUCGUUGUGUCGGCUAGUCAAAUUCUAAACGGCCCAGCGCGCCCCGGCCGUCAUCUAAGUCACGAGAGCGGCCUACGAGUGUACUUUUACUUAGGUUUAGUUGAUAUCGUUCGAGUCGGCGCCGAGUCGGGCGGCGACCGGGGAGGUCCGGGAGAGUUACCGACGCGGUCGAGGUUCGGAUCGCUAGGGAGUUAGGGCUCGCACACAAAACUGAGAAUUCGCAUCGCAUCGCAUCUUUAUGUCAUUUUUAGUUUGAGUUUUGUCGCAGAUAUUUGCGAUGCGAUGCGAAUUCGCGGUUACGUGCGGGAGCCCUUAGAUAUGCGUGUUCGCGGACUCAUCGCCGCGAGUGCUGUUCCUCGUUUGCCAUGGGGCGGCUACGGCUCGUACCGCCCCCGCGUUUGCGUUUAUUUUUUUAUCGUCUUCGACGUUGUUGAUGUUGAGUUUUCGUUCUGCGCGUGACUCGGUAGGACUACUGCGAUUUCUGUGUUCAAUUUUUCGUAGCGCUCGGGCGGGUGGUUUUGUACAAAAUUGUUUCUUUGCACAAAAAUGAAUUUUAAUAUAAGAUGAAACGAAAUAACAUACGUAAUAAAGACAUAUACGUUAGAUAAGUUACUCGAAGAAUUUAUAUACGGUAGGGAGGUGCGCCGCCGCGGACGGUUCGACCGUCGAUCGUGCUCAAUAUCCGCCUUUGAAUAGUGCAGUGGCGCGACCAGGGGACUUCCGGUUUGAAGGGCCAUGAGUUCCGUGUGGCAUAUUAUGCCAGUACCCGCAGAGUAAAGAGAACUAAGGAGUAAAUCGACUUCAAACAAACGGGCAACUAUACGCGAGUUGGGCGCUAAUAUCACUUUCAACAUGUUUCACAAUGCUUAGUGCGGCGCGCGCCGGUCGAUAUAAAAUACUAUGUCAAACGUAUAAAUUUUGAGAUCUCUUCUGAGUCGACCCACUCGUUACUUCUGUUUACUCUGGUACCCGGAACCGAUAUGCCAAGUUUGACGUAUGCCAAAUUGAACUUAUGACAGUUUAGGGCUAACGGAAGAGAAGUUGGGUCAAACGACUAAUAUAAUUGUAGUAACAGCGUAGUUACACUGUUGAACAUAAUAUUUUGUCUGUGAUUGUGCAAUUUUGCCAUAUUAUGCCAGCUUCGUGUGACGUUGGCAUACAAGUGACUUUUACGAGUUGCUUAGUUGCCGCUGCACUAUUUCAACGCGACAUUUUUUAAUUUAUUUCUCGUCAGUAAAUUACAUAAAAAUUAUAAUUUCUAUUAAUGAAAAUCGACAGGGUAUUUAAGAUGUUGUAUUAUAAUUUUAUAUUUAUUUUUAUUUUGUGCGAGUUUUUUCUCGUUUUGCGUUAAGAGUUAUUUUAUCGAUAUUUUUGUAUAAUCGAUUGCGUCUAUAUUUCGAAUGUUAUUACAAUAAUGGGUGAUAAUUUUAUUUAUACUUAAUUUGGUGAUAAUCUCUGUGGGUAGUUUAUUUACUUAAUUUUUUGCUAGUAGCUCACUCUAAAACUACAAUAUACCCGAUGAGUUGAUGUAUAUUUUUUUCUAUUUCAUCUUCAAUAAAUGUAUUUAUUGUCAUUGGAAUAUUUUCAUUUUUGUUUCUAAGUUACCUUUCAUGAAGUACUUAUAAUUUGUCUAAAAUUAGUUUUAGAGUGAGUUUGCGCUCACUUACAAUUUUGUAAUUUUGCAUCAUUAACGUACUUGAUGUUGAAAAGACACAACAUACAUCUUGGGCCAUUUAGGUGAUCUUAUUCAUAAGCGAAAUAUUACAAUCAUAACACAAUGUGUGCCCGAAAGUGCAAUGUUUGUGUGACAUUCAACAUUUAGUAUGUAAAUGAUUAGUGUACAAUAACCUCGAUAUUAAAAAAUAUUUACACAACGAAACAAAUUUCAAUAUUGCUAUCCUUGUCUGACACAGUGGACAAGUGUGUAACAGAUAAAGACAGCUACAUUGAGUUUAUUCAUAGUGUAUAUAUUUAUUAGUAAAGAGGUGAAAAUUGUAUACGUUGAAUAAGAGUGCUUUAUGACGCUUGGUUUGAUAUUAUGUAUUUAUAUUUAACUGUUGUUUGCUUUGUGUAAUACCAAUUCUGUUGUAAGUGUAGUUACGGUGCUUUUCUGACAUAAUAACUGUACAAUUUUUAUUGUGUAACUCGGUAUUUUUAUUUCAAAGAUGUUUACAAUGUUUUGUAAUAUUUGAAAGUGAUGUUUAAUGCAUAAUAUUGUAACUUUAUUUAAUCGUAAUAUUGUAAGAAAUAUAGCACCGAUUCGCAAAAGCAAAGGCCUAACUCCACUGCCGCUUUGCCUUUAGAAACUUUUUUCCUCUGUCGAUAGCUCUAUAUUAUAGCUUUUUAGCUAUCAUUUAAACGAAAUGUCUAAGGGUGGUUUCACCGUGUUAAGUUGGCAAAGUUACUUAACGGUAGUGCUACCAACAUAAGUAUUUUUUUAUUAUUAUGGAAUAAGAAACAAUACUGAAAAUGAGUUAAUAAUAUCGUAUGUCGGUAGCAUUGCCAUGGUCAUUACGCCUUAACCUCUAGUAGUAAUCUAGUUCUCUUCUAUUCGGUCCUUCUUAUAGUACCCUCGAAUUUUAGUCUCGAAUAAUAUUUAGAUGUGAUAGUUAUUUCUACGUUUAUAAUCUCGAAUAUUGAGAAAGGUGCAAUGGCAGAAGGUUAGAACUUUGUAUUGACGUUGGCGGCGGUCUUAUUCACGUAUUUCAAACUGUACUUAAUCAGAUACACGAUUGUAAGGAGAGGGGGAAUAAGGCCGCCCCCAACUAGCGGGGCUCCCGCCGUCCGCGGCAAAGCCUCAGGCGUUAGUACCGGUAGUUGUUAAAGCCGGGCCCGGCCGAUGCUCGGCAGCCAUCCUAGUGUAAGUCUUCUAUCAACGAGCUAGUGUUAGUUAGAUCUCUCUACCGUCGGCCCUCAGUGGCUGCGUCCGCUCCGCUCUCGGCCGACGGCUUGCAUCCGCGCGUAGUGGCCGAUCGCAGCCGUGAGAUUCAUGGUCAAAGUCAGAGUAUGAAAAUGGAGCAAUUUCUUAAGCGAUUGGCUUUUUUGCGUAUUUCCAACGUCGACUACUGGCAACAUCAGCGAAAUAUAUGAAUAGCAACUUUUUUCCAUGUCCAUUGUACACCAACACUGGAGAAAUAGUAUAGGAUUAUUGGUAAUACUUUUUUGUAUUUUGACUGUCAUGUUCAUGGUAUAAUACGGUUGCGGUCAGCGGCGACGCACGGACACGAAUCUGCGUGCGCGCACGCCCGCGCCCGUUGACGUUACCGCGUGGUGCGUGCGCGCCGCACGGGAAUCUCGUUUAAGCUGGGUCCAGAUAUAAUUUGCUCAACCCGAUCACCGUAUCCGUAUCGCCGAGGCGUAUCAUCGCAUAUGUGGACAGGUGUUACGCGUAUCACGAUACGCGGUGCGAUACGCCGUUAUAUGGCCAUGCCAUGUUGUAAUAGUUUUUGACCGAUGACUAUUGACGUGAAGGUACAGUACAAAUCGAAGCGUUCACAACUUGAUACGGGGCUUGAUACGUGAUACGCGGAUACGGUUAUAGCGAUCGGAUCGGGCAAAUGAUAUAUUUGAAGGCAGGAUAGUGGGUGAAGCCGGUAACUAACAAUUUAAAAACUGUCUUUUUGCAUAAAAGCCGGUCCUAAGACCGGAAAAAUUAUUUGAAAUCAAUAAAAUUUGGAUUAUAUGUAUAGCUAUCUAGCUAUCUACGUCAUAUAGCUAAUAUAUUAUCUAUAUCAGCUAAUUGACGAAGUAGAUAAGUAAGGUUUGUUCAAGUUAUAAGGGGAAAAAGAGUAUAUAAUUGUAAAAUGUAAGUAACCGGCUUCAUCCACUCAUGUCUCUAUUUAUCUGGGCCCGCCUUAAGGGUCGACCAGUGCGCCCACUGCGUCGCUCCCACUAAUUGUACAGUAUGUAUAUUUUUGUAAAAUUCCUUCUUAACUGUGGCAAUAUUACGAAAUUAAAAAAAAAUAUCUCUAAUUAAUAAUUAGUACAAUUUUUAGACACUUAACUCGAGUAACCGACCGAUCUCUAAUGUAAUAUAGAUUGGGUAUAUGGACGGAAGAAUUUCGUUUGCUUUGUAUUAGUAUAAGCCGGUUAUUAUAGCUACGGGCGGUGACGGAGCGGACAGUAAUGUUUAAUCUUGGAUUUUACAUUUAUUCAUAAAAAAACUUUUGUUCAACCAGUGUUUCUUAAUUCCUUCCUUUAAAUGUGAAGGGUUUUUUUUUCCUAAACCAUUGCCCAAUAAAAUACUAGGCUAACAUAAGAAACUAGGUAAAGAAUUUGUAGAUAGGUCAAGAAAUAAAACUUGCGGAGGACUGCGGCACUGGUUACCAGUUGUAGGCGUAAUGUUUUUGAAAUAAUUUAAUUGAUAAGUUAAAUAAAUGCAGUGGGUUACCAUAGCUAAGCUCACACAACGUGUCAUGUUACUAAGCCUCACGAAGGUUUUAUUCUGUAAAAUGAGAAGGAUAAAUAAUUUCCAUACGAUACAGAAGCCACAUACUGUCAAAUGUCUGUUUGAUAAAAAUUAACCGCAGGCAGGGCGCAGUGCGUGCACGUUGUUAGGGUAGCUGCACACGUGCGGCGCGUGUCGCACGCCGCUUGGUUGUGAAUCACGUUGCUUGUCACCCCGCCCCCCGCCCCCCGCCCCGCUCCGUCACGCCCAUCUCUUUUGCCCACCCCCGUCAGUCGUUUCUUAUUCCGAUAACGAAAACGUGUUACUUGUUAUAUUGUACUUUUCGAGAAGCGAAUUAGCCGCAAAUGUGACGUCACAGUGCUGCGGGCGGCCGAUCUGAGCCCGCUAGAGGCGUCGAUGCCGUGCCAAACACAGCAACAUCCCCAGAGCAAUAAUACUACUUUAUAGUCUCGUAUAGCAAUAACGCGUUUAUUGCAAUUUUGUAUCAUGUUUACCUGUCAUUGUUUUCUAUAGUAUUCCUUUUAUUUAGUAUUAUAUGAACGUUGAACUUUUCGCUCGUGCGAAGGCGGUUUUUAACGAAUUUAGCUCAAUUUUAUUAAUACUUUAUUAUUGUAAUUUAUUCUAUUAUCUACUCGCUUGUUGAUUAUACAGUUGUUUCGAUUAUUUCGCCGGUGCUGAUAGGAACGUCUGCGACGGUUCGCUCUCGUUCGCCUCGAAUGUGAAUAAAUCGAGUUUUACCAGUAUCGUACGCGUAGGUGAAUAAGGCGGCUAGUACUAUCAGCCGAGGUACACAUUUGUAAAAUAUUUACUCAAGUAACUCGCAUUUCAAUCACGGUGCUUAUUUAUGGUAGAGGGCGCGACAGGCAAGCCCAGGCGACGACAUAUCUCAGA